GCGGCUAAAAUUAAGUUUAUUUAAAUAAUUUAUAAAAAAUUACGUGUAAAACUAUCAAUAUAUACAUAUAAAGUAUACAAAUGUGUUAUUAAAUAAUUAUUAUAGUGUUAAAAGUGAAAUAGUGUAUAAAAAUUACAGAUAUUUUUGUUCGUAAAAAUGUGGCCCAUAAUAAUGCAGUUCUUGAGAAGCAGGGCUCCAAUAAUAACUUUGCCAAUUGCUUCAGUAAUCGGUGUCAUCGGUUACAACAUCGAAGGCUGGAUAUCUGAUAAAUAUACACCGUAUCAGGAGUCGAUCCAAGAUAAAAGAAUAGAACGUCUGUCAGACGACAAAUGUCUAGAAAAUGCAACAGAAGUCAAAGCUUUAACUUACAACGAGAAUGUCUUUAGUAAAAAUCUAUCACCGAGUUUGAAAUGAUUUUUAAUAAAUAAAGAUGUUUAUUA